AGAACCGAGGUGGGCGGGCUCAAUGCCGGCAGGGCGGGACUCCGCGUGACCAGGGAGGGCACCGGGUCCACCCGGCGCCCGCGGGCUUGGCUUGGCUGCGGUGGGAGCCGGAAGCAGCCGCGGCCCAGCGCGGGAGACAUGGCGGGAGUGAAAGCUCUUGUGGCGUUAUCCUUCAGCGGGGCCAUAGGGCUGACUUUUCUUUUGCUGGGCUGUGCCUUGGAGAAUUAUGGCGUGUACUGGCCCCUGUUCGUCCUGAUUUUCCACGCCAUCUCCCCCCUUCCCUAUUUCAUUGCCAAAAGAGUCACAUAUGACUCUGAUGCAACCAGCAGCGCCUGCCGGGAACUGGCGUAUUUCUUCACUACUGGAAUUGUUGUUUCUGCCUUUGGGUUUCCUGUUAUUCUUGCUCGUGUGGCCGUGAUCAAAUGGGGAGCCUGUGGCCUUGUGCUGGCGGGGAAUGCAGUCAUUUUCCUUACAAUUCAAGGUUUUUUCCUUGUAUUUGGAAGAGAAGAUGAUUUCAGCUGGGACUGGUAGUAGUACCUUAGUUUGACAGAAUGCAUUGAGUUUCUUAGGUGUACGUGUGCACAUGUGGCAUUUUACUAUGAAAUUUAAUAUGCUGGUUUUUUUAUAUCUUUAUAUCAUGUUCUCUUUAAGGAAUACUUUAUAAGUAAAAGAUCAGUUUUAUUCUCCGUAAAUAGACCUCUGGAGUUUAGAUUGUGUUACUAAAGUUGAAUUAUGUUACUUUUUGCUGUUCGUGUAGUCUUGGUGCUCUCAGAAGUGUAUUAACACAGACUCACAGAUGCUGCGGCAGGCCAGAAUUCGCAGGGGAUGUGCUCCAGAAGGCAGGUGAUGGGAGGCAAGUGACAAGUGGCAGGUGACGGGAGGCAGGUGUCAGGCUGGAAAGGUGGAGGCGGCUCCCUCUGCGCCAUAGACCUUUGUUUCUCCGAGCGGGAUCCUGGACCAGGAGCACAGAUCUUUCCCAGAGUGUGUCAGAGACACAGAGUCAACAGCUCGCACUGGCGUGUCGGUGAGCCCUGCAUGUGGACGCCAUCACCGAGGAGGCAGCAGCAUUUCCCUGUCCCUACUGCACCGCAGACCUCUCCAUGUCACCUGCUUGCUCGUAAGAAAUGUCUCACCUGCCCUCAUGUUGAGGGUGGGGUUAAACUCCUGUGUUAUGAAGUGUUCAGAUCUACAAAAUAGGGGCUGUUCCACCAAUCUGUGAAAACUGCUCUCGGAGUGGGGAGAUGGUCCUGGAAGGGCACCACACCUUGGUUAGAUGGGAGGAAUAGUCUGAUCUCUGUGAGGCCAGCCACCUAGCAUGCCGAGUACAGGAGGCAACGGUACUGUACGUGUCCAGUAUUGCUAAGAGUAAAUUUCUAAUGUUCUCAUCACAAAUAAUGUUCAAUAUUUCAAGUGAUGUUUAUGUUAAUGAGCUUGACUUAAUCAUUCCACAUUUUAUUCAAAAACCGUAACACCACUUUGUACCUUAUAAAUAUACAUAAAUAUCAUUUGUCAAUACAUAAUAAAAAAUAAGUUAAAAAAACAAAGCAAGACAUACCACAGCAUACCCCCAGAGGUGUCCCCAGCAGGCGUGGGUGUCCCCAGCAGGGAUGGUGACGGUAGACGUCCUCUGAAGGCAGCAGCUGUUUGUGCAGGCCUGCUGUGGGAGGAGGGGAAGGGGCUGAGCUGGCACCAGCUCCUGCUUUAACAGGGGUUGGGAGGAUAGAGAGGUGAAACUUUCAAAUGUCCCCUUAUAAUCUGGCCCUUCUCCGCAGCUCGUUGCCCGGGCCACCCUCGGCAGUUCCUAUGUGCCCUGGACUCUCCAUCCCAAAGAGGAAGAGCCAAGUGAGCGCACAGCAGGGGGCGGGCCGGCUCAACGAGCACGCACGUAGACGUAGCCGUUGUCUCUCACGUCCUGGACAUUCAUCUGUGACUUUAUGCCACCUUCUGAGCCGUCAUAGGGAUUACGUGUCAUGUCCGGUCCUGUAGUCACAGUUUUUCUAACUCAUCUUUUUGUCCAGCCCCCUAUUGAAAAAGAGAAGAAUUAGAAGUAGAACCACUGGAUCUGAAUAUAACCAGUGGUUUUUAAACAUUUUUAGACCAGCAUGAUGAUUAAACACAUUCAGAAUGCUCCAACCUCCAGGUUUGUGACCUGGUGAUCUGAGUAGUUAGCUACUGUGACCCCGGGACCAGAAGGUAAAAGUGAUACCUAAGCGGAUAUGUGGCCUUGUACGGGAUUUUAUGUUCUCAGUGUUCUGUGUACAUAUCAAAUUGUCAGAGCUGUUAUUUCCAAUAUUUAUAUUAGAAACAUUAUUCAGAUACUUCGUAAUUUUAACCAGCAUUUUUAAUAAUGGCAAUUGCCCUUAUUGUAUUGUAAUAAAUUUCACUUUUAACAUAGAAGAAAAGUUUAAUUGAAAAGUUUUAUCGUGAUGUCACCUUGCUCAAAAGAUAACAAAAGAGUGAGAAUUUGUUGAUGUUUUGAAAUGGGCAGUUUUGAGCAAUAACCUAGCCUGCAACAGAAUCACAGCAAUAAGUUUUAAGGUGCCAGUUUAAAUGUCUGGUUGGUGUGUAAUAACUUUUCUAAGGUUCCAGUUGUGAUUAAUUUAUGCUACAUUUUUCAAAAGUGUCUUUGUUGCUUAUACACAUUUCAAAUAACUAAAAUAUCCUCAAUAUAUGGCCUUAAAGCAUUAACUCUUGAUUGUAUUUUCAGAGUUAUAUCCCUGCACUUACAUGAAGGGAUGUUAGAUUUGAAGAUUAUUAGAUUUUUGCUGGGAGACAUUUACUCUGUGGUGCCUAAGUAUCAUUUAAAUAAUAAAUGUCAGUAGGAAACAUUAUUACAUGUGAGUGUGCAAUACAAAAGUUUCUUCCUGGUGAUACAAAG